UCUACUGUGACCACCUUUCAUACAAUGCUACAUCAGGCAAAGUUAUUGAUGUUGCUUUUCUACCUCCUCUUUUGGCAGAAUAUCCGAAUCGAGCCUGUUUUCCCUCUGGAAUUCUUUGUCAUUUUGCACUCUUCUCUGAAUGGAUCUUACCAUCGGGUCAAAGCGAUCAAAGAUGGCCUUGGUGUCUUUGAUGCUACUUUGACAGCUGUUGAGGAUGAAGAUGGGGUCCAUCCACUCGCGAACCCAGUCCACAAUGAACAGAAGGUAGAAAUCUAUCAACCGAUUGUUCUCAGUCCAAGUAUUCUCAUACUCCCAUGGCAACCCAACGUCGGCCCUCAUCAGUACACAAUUAAGGCAACAGGUGGCAGUGGAAAUUUCAGAUGGUCCUCGUCCAACCCAAAUGUGGCCACAGUGACUGUCAAAGGCGUGAUGACGACCGUCAGUGACAUUGGUGUCAGCGUCGUGUUUGCACACGAUAUGCACAAACCACGCCACUUCGGAAAGAUGAAGGUAUACGUCGUUGAACCUGUGGCAAUGGACUUUGCUCCCUGCCGGGUGGAGGCCCGAGUGAGCACGAUUCUCGAACUACCGCUCAGAAUUUUUGGCGUAUUGGAGGAAGAGGGGAUGGAGCUUGUCAUGUUGAGUGACUGCUCCCACUUUGAACUGCAGGCUGAUGAGGAAAACCCAGGCGUCUUUCAGCAGCUUGAAGGUCGUCUGUCUCCCGGCGAAGGCCACUGCAGUGGGGUGAUGGCCAAAGCCCUGACCCCAGGCUAUACUACGCUCUUGGUCAGCUACACCCAUGGCAACGUUCACCUCAGUGCAAAGAUCACAAUUGCAGCUUAUCUUCGCCUCGACGUGAGUCUUAAAACAUAA